CAGACAUUAACUAUAUUUUUGUUUUGCUUAAUCACUCAAUCAUCCUCUCUCUCUCUUUCUCUCUCAUCGUUACAUUCCAUUGAUUCCAAACCUUUUCCUCUCUCUCUUACUUAUCACCAAAUUAAUCUGACACUCACAAACUGAUACCAAAUCCACUCUGUCAAAUUUCUCAGUUUGCCUCUUUCUUCAAUUCAUAGUUUUCCUCUUUUUUUUUUGUUUCCUUGUCCGGUUCUAUUUCGUAGCUGCUGCCUAGGGUUUCUCCCGAUUAAUUGUUCUGUCGAUUUGAACGGAUGGAUUGGAGCAACGUCACUGCUGAGGAUCUGGUGGAGGCGCUGCGGGAAGUGGACUGGUCGUCGCCGCCGCGUCCAUUCUCGGAGUUCUUCUCCCGAUUCACUCUUCCGCGUUCUUCUGCCAAAUGGAACAGUCGCCUCAAAUGCAACCUCUACUAUUACCGGACCAAUUAUUUCAUCAUGAUUGUUUUCAUUCUUGGGAUGGCGUUUCUUAGGAGGCCGCUGGCAAUUGUUGCAGCUCUAAUGGCAGCUCUGAGCAUAGCUUUCCUAAAUGAUAGCUUUGCAGGCACUUUCAAUGAAAAAGUCACAAGAACUGUACGUCAAUUUUCUCCACAUCUAGCUGCCAAAAUGAGGCCGCCCCUUACGCCUGUUAUUCGGGGGCGCCCUUCUGCUAGACGAUCCAUACAUAUAUGUGGAUGGCCACGCUGGGUAUUUGCCUUGGCAUUUUCUAUAGUGAGCUGCAUCAUUUGGUUUCUCUCUUGUGGCAUUGUUACUGUCUUGUUGGCGUUCGCUGUUGGUCUUCUUGCCACCCUAAUUCAUGCAAGCUUUAGGACGCCAAACCUGAAAGCUCGGCUUAACACAUUCCGUGAAGAAUUCCGUGCAGUUUGGCGUAAUUAUAGUGAGCUGUAGCUUGUGGAUCGCAGAACACAUGUCAGUUUCUUUGCCCUGAGAGUGCCUUAAUGUAUAAUCUGUGUAUUUACUUAGACAAUCUAUUUUCAUAUGUUUAUUUUAUUAUGAUUGCAUCCUUGUUGUAUUACGUGUGAAAUGGAUUUCCUUGUCGCUUAGGAAUUGUCAAGGGUGGCUUGGGAAUCGGGAUAGUUAAAUUCUUCAUUCUGUUCUGUGCCAAGUAAGCCACACAUACAUAUAGCUUGUGGUCAUAGUGGUAUUUGUGGUCUCUUCAGUUGGAUCUUGAUAUAUCUGUUUAUGUACAAAGUGCUUCGUGACAUCUUUACUUCAUUGUGCAACUUCAUAUGAUGUAUGAUUGUAAGAAAUGUGAUUCUUGGAAGGUUAAAUUAAUAAAUAUGCGAUAAGGAUGUAAUAUCUACCUGCGGGAUAGUUUUUAGUACUGAUUUAGUCACCUUCCAUUUAUAGGAGCUCAAGUAAAUUUAAGAGUGGCCUUUUCUCAUUUAUGAAUAUGCUUUCUGCUGAGAAGGUGUUAUUUAAACUGUUCUCUGAGAUGAAAGUUAACAAUAUUGUUAUUUCCAUAAAAUAAUGUUUUUUUUUUGUUUCCCUGAGAUAGGUUCCAUUCUAGUGCUUGGUAAAUAAAUAUAGAGUUGGUUUCGAAUGAGCAAAGGAUGAUAAUUUGACUUGUUCGAGCAUAUCUUCCCUACUUUUCAAUAUUCACACUCCGAAUAAACUAAAUGAAUUAACCUUUGCUAUCAUAUUAAUCUUCAUUAUAUUGACGAAUAAAAUACCUCCUUUCUUAUCUUUCUUUCUUUCUUUCAGCAUCCCAUUCUACGUGUGGGAUUGGUGUGCUUAUGAAGAUGGUGUGUUACGUCCUCUGGCUCACUUCUGCGUGGCUGUCAAUUCUCCUCGAGCAUGUUCUGCAAAGAUUUACAGAUUAGAACAUUGUAAAGUUCUUGGAUUCCUUAUGAUCUGGUAUUGAGAAAUCUUUGGAAUUUAUAUUGAAAGAUUUCUUUAAAAUGUUGUAUAGAAUUAGAAGUCCUCUUAUCAGUGUUUGCAAACUGGUGUACUGCCACUUUAAAGUGAUAGCAACUUUAAUCUAAACCGUGUGUUAGAAACA